AUGUGGCUCGGAACCGACAGCCUAGACACACAUGUCCAACACCACCACCAGGCUUUCCCUCUCCGAGGAUCAGAACUUUUAUGCAACCAUGCGGACCACCGUAUGCGGUGGGAAGCUGCGAAAGUAAGAACCCAUGCCUUCUUCAUACAUGAACAAAUGAGAGUAUCUUCUCGCUCAGCUAGUGAAGCAGAUGCUUUCUCUAUGGCCUCUCACCACCUUAACCCAAGGUAA